AUGUUACAGUGCCGUAAGAUCUGCUGCUGGCACUCGCGAUGCUGCCGCGCAACGACAUAUUCGCUGAUUUCUUUCUUACUCCUGGCUGCCAUCGGUCUUGUCACCCUUGACCUGCUUUUUGAUGACCUAGAAAGACGCGAAUUCGCAAAGGUCAUUCGGUAUAUUAUCGAUGGAGGUCAAGGUAAACUUGGGUCAGUUGCGAAGCGGAUACUUCGUUCAAACAUGUUUAUUAACAUCACCGUGAAUGACUUUCUCUGGGGAUACGAGGAUUCGGAUUUGUGGUGGCUGAGUUGGUUCAAGUAUUCCGACUCGGGAAAGACAGGUGUACUAAUUGCACUCAACAACUCGAUUUCCGGACCAUAUAAAUUAAACACUGGCACCAACGACAUCUCAAGAUUGGGCAUAUUGGAAUCCUUUGAAAACAAGACAAGGGUGGGCGAGAUGGAACAAUCAAAAAAGGCGUUUGCCUCGGGUGUCCGAAUGGGCUGCACAGGUGAUGCAGUUACUCCACCUUCUGUUAAACUAGGAGAAAAACGCUACAUAUUCGGCACGAAUAUCUGCCGCUCGGCUCCCUUCACUGCGAAGAUGUGGGUGCCCACAGUCAACUUUCCCAAACUGAAGCUGCUCGUCCUGGAGCUUGAUGAUGGGGCCUUUGACAGUGCCGACGAGAGACCGGACAACGCGGGCUUCCACAAUAAAUCGUACCCAGGAGGCAGGUACCCGCCAUCAGGAGUGUUGUCUUUGAGUCCCUGCAUUCUGCCGUCUGUUAGCGGUAACAAACCUCUAUUCGUUUCUCUGCCUUACUUCAACAGAGCCGCGGACGAAGUAAGAGACGCCAUCAUUUUCGAGAAUGGCACUGAACCUGGUGCAAUUCCCCAAGUGAAAGUGGAUCCGAAAACGGGGUUCUUUGUCGAAGGAACACUUCAGUACCAGAUUAAUUUGCUUGUUCCCAAAACGCAAUAUGGUGCAGCGAAUGACACGAUGUAUCCCCUGGCAAUUAUUCGAGAAGUCAAAGUAGCGAGCAGGGAGGGUGCAGAGAGCCUCUACAAUGCGGCUUACGCGUUUCCACAGACGAUUCGCAUGGUAGUAAGGGUGCUUUUUAGCAUUCUUGCUAUUCUGGCUUUCUCGCUAAUACUGGCCGCUGUCAUUCAGCAACACUUGAACGGCAGUGAUUCCAAGUACCUUAUUGACGCGAAAGUGACUGCGGCCGAAGUUAACGAACAGGAGAAAAUUUCGGGAAGAACAUUUAACCUUUGA